ACACACUUCCCACCUUGCUUACGGAGCUAGCUAUAAAGCCUUCAUCGGCCAACUCGGGGUGCAUUUUCGAUCCACAGUUUCGUACGACUCGCGGCAGUGACGUGGGACUGCCUUUGCUGGCUGAGGCGGAAAUAUUGAUUAAAAACCCAACGGAAAUGACGUCAUUGUGUAGCUACGCCAUCUUGCUGUUCGCCCUCAUCUCCACCCUCCAGUAUGUGACAGCCAGCGAGCGGGACCUAGUGGAGCUUGAGACAGAGGUCGACCCCGUAGAGGAAGCGGAACUCAUGCUCAGCAGUUUCGAAAAACGCGGCUUCGCGGAUAAACGGGGCUUCGCGGAUAAGAGAGGCUUCGCGGAUAAGAGAGGAUUUGCCGACAAAAGAGGCUUCGCUGACAAAAGAGGGUUCGCUGAUAAAAGAGGGUUCGCGGAUAAAAGAGGGUUCGCUGACAAAAGAGGGUUCGCUGACAAGAAGAGCAGCAUCUGGGACAAACGGGAACAGAUGAACCCUAUCCUGCUGAAAUACCUGCGGCACCCGUACCAGCAUCAGCCCCUGGCGAUUGGACAGAACUCCCUGGCCAGGCUCCUGGCUCAGCAGGGAUACUGGGAGUGACGAGACCCGCCCCGGUACCAGAGGGACAAAAGAUAUUUUAAUGCGUAUUUUAGAAUUUAAGUACACGUAAAUACAUAUAUGAUUAACAUCAUGUACAGUAACAGUUUUUUUUACGAAAACAAUAAUUAAAAAAAUUUCACCAACACUGUUGUGCAGAUAUUAAAAGAAACAUUUAUAUAAAGUAGUAUAGUUGUAGACAUUAGACAUUUAGGUAGUUUUAAAAUAAUAUAUUUGCAAUUACGAUACAUUCUUACACUAACAAUACAACACAGAAGUUAGGACAUUUAAAUAUUCACAUUUCAAUAGAGGCUUUUUUUCAAGUAGAUGGUUUGCAAUAUGAAAUUAAAUAAAAAGAUCUGAUAAGAAUGCCUAUAAA